GGACUUGGCUCUUUUUGGGCAGGAUCUAAAUAUGGGCAUUUAGGUUGGAUCUGGAUUCUUUUUGGGCUUCUAUUGCUUUUCAUUCUUCUUCUUUUUCUCUUUUUUUCUUUUCAUGUUGCCCUUUCCAUUUUUGUUUCUUUUCAUCUUCUUUUCUGUUUCUUUUGUUUUUUGUUUGAAAGGUGCUAUGGCCAUUUUCUCCUUCUCCUCCUCUCCAAAUUACAUGAUCAAUUGAAAAAUCUCAAACGUAUUUCAUUCCAACAAAAAUUUCGUUGGUAAUUCAAUGGCAAUUUGAGGGAUGAAAGCAGUAACAUGAAACUAAAAAAAUAGUUGGUAAGGAGAAGAAAACUUUAGGGAGAGGUCAAAGUGGGAGGGCAGUUUAGGCAACUUACAGAAUUUGCAUACAGAGUUUCUCCGCCGAUAAAGUGCUCUUUCAAUUUCGACAGCUCUCUGCAGUAAGUUGCCGGAAGAAUCAGAAGAAAAAGCCCUAACUUACAGGACCCGGAGGUAGGGAAACCUAAUAUUGCAAUCCAUUUUUCAUAAUACGAUGGCGUACCGAGAGGAAGAGGUGAUGUUUGGUGGCGGAGAUAACGAGGCCCUGGGCGGAAUAAGCGGUAUGGCGUCCUCGCUGCUCAGUCCAGCUGAAACGGCGUCGGGAAGAGGAAGAGAGGAGAGGGCUCCUCAGAAUCAGCCGCAGUGGGGGCAUCAGGAGACGAAGGAUUUCAUUGCGAUUCGCGCCGAACUGGAGAAGGAUUUCAAAGUCGCCAAGAGGAACAAGACGCUCUGGGAGAUAGUAAGUUCCAAGAUGAGGGAGAGAGGCUACAGGAGGACACCUGAUCAGUGUAAAUGCAAGUGGAAGAACCUUGUUAAUCGCUACAAGGGGAAGGAAACAUCUGAUCUGGAUAAUGGCCGACAAUGCCCAUUCUUUGAGGAACUGCAUGCAGUAUUCAUUGAAAGGGCUAAGAGCAUGCAGCGUUUACUUGUUGGCUCGGGGGUAGGUUGUGACCAGGCAAAGAAGAAGAUGAAGAGAAUUAGUGGAGAUAGAUCCUCAGAUGAAUUCUCUGAGGAGGAUGAUGAUAAUGAUGACGAAAGUGAGGCUGCUAGGAGCAAAGUGCGGAAGAGGAAGGCUGAGAGAAAUGUACUCGAGAAGUCAUCGAAGGCUGUAAAUGCUGGUAAUGCAAGUAGUAACGUCAGUAGUGAUAUUCAUGAAAUGCUGAAGGAAUUCUUUCAACAGCAGCAGAGGAUGGAGAUGCAAUGGAGAGAGAUGAUGGAGAGGCGUGCCUUAGAGCGGCAAUUGUUUGAACAGGAAUGGCGACAGUCAAUGGAGAAGCUUGAGAAGGAGAGACUAAUGGUUGAGCUGGCUUGGAGAGAGAAAGAGGAACAGAGGAGAAUGAGAGAAGAGAGUCGAGCUGAGAGGAGAGAUGCCCUAUUGACCACUCUCUUGAACAAACUUAUCAAUGAAAACUAAAAUCACAAUCCUGUGCAUAAAUGUAGAAACUUUGAUUUUUCAUAAGGAAAAAAUAUACUGAAUGAUGGUAAGGAAAAAAAGAAAAGAAAAGAAAAAGGGAGUAAAAUUCAGGAAAUAUGUGUGCGAAUGCUGUAUAUUUGAUCUACGAUUGGUUAGUGUAUCAGAUCUUAUAUUUGUUGAGUUUACAUAGACAAUUAAAUUUGAAGUGAUUCAGGAUCAAAA